AUGCCGCUUUGCAAGACCUGUAACUCUCUUGACCUCGAGCAAGAGGAUUGUAUGGAUUCUGGUAUCAACUUAGGACCGUUCAAUGACCUGCUUACGAAAGCAGAAAAUGGCUGCGACGCAUGCAGAUUCUUUUGCAACGUGUUGCAGACUUCUAGUCGAUGGACGACGAGGCUCGACAAGCUUACUGAGCGAGUGAUCUUUCUCGACAGUUCCCGCUUGGACGCGAGGAAGCCGACGAAGCUUGAUGACUGCACUUAUUGCGCGGACGACUUGUGUUUGGACCAGUGCGUUUCAGAGGAUUAUGAAGGACCAAUGGACGAGGAGGUUGAUCGUGUCCGUCGCAUCCCCGUCGACCCAAGGGACGAACAGUGCUUUAGUCUGAUUCAAGCCUGGACUGCUGAAUGUGUGACCCAUAGCACCUGUUCCAAGCCCUUGCCUGUUAAACUGCCAGAGAAAACCAUUGAGAUCCCGGCAGAUCCUGCAGUUGCUCCCAGGCUGUGUUCGUCGGACGGUAGAUCAGGGUCUUAUGUGAUUCUGAGCUACUGCUCGGGGGAUUUCGAGUCUUUCAUCCAGCGAGAGUCGGGUCACACCGACUUCUCGGCUCCCCUAGAUGUGCAUUCCCUGCCGAAGACUUUGGCAGACGCAAUAGAAAUCGCACGUCAGCUAGGGUAUCAAUACCUGUGGACCCGAACCCUUUGCACUUCCAGAGAGGAAUGGGGCAGCGAUCCGGCUCGAAUUGCGGCUAUAUACGGUCAAGCGGCCUUGAUGCUUUCAGCUGAAGUUGCGGAAGAUGCGGGCUCAGGAAUUUUUCAUGACAGACGGGUAUUCUACUCUCCUGCAAUAGGUCGCAACAAAGACAAGUACCUUCGGCAGCGGCUCCUGCGAUGGACAUCAGACAUUGAGGAGUCGCCGCUGGCGAGGCGGGGUUGGGAGAUCGUUGAGAGAAUGCUAGCUCCGCGCAUUUUACAUGUCACUAGCCGCCAAUUGAUCUGGGAGUGUGCUUCGGGGUUCCAGUUCGAGGCCUCUGGAAUUGUCGACAAAAGGACAGGCUCCGGGCAAAUUCGACAACGCUACGUCAAGGGAGUCGUUCAGCCGUACCUCGUUAAGCCUUUCCAAGGUCAAGUAAAGGAGGCUGGUGACGUUGAUGACGAGGUCGACAUCAGCGAACGAGUGGCACGACUCGAGGCCUGGCAUCGGUGUGUAGACGCCUUUUCAAAGGGAUCAGUCAGUGUGCCAUCCGACAAGCUACUCGCCAUGGCUCCCCUCGCAUCUGUCAUCAAUGACGGGACUUUGGGCAAGUACAUCGCGGGUAUUUGGAGCAGCGACAUCGCCUUCGGGCUUGAUUGGUCACGACCUUACGCUCUCCUACGUCCAGCACCGGAGUACAGAGCUCCAAGCUGGAGCUGGGCCAGCGUAGACGGUACAGUGAGCUCGCUUGCUCUGGCGUGGCCCCAGGAUCUAAUGCAGGAGCAUGCUAAGGAUCCCUCCUGGCUGAAGAAAUAUCAGCCGAGACUGGUAUCUCACCACAUUACUCUUGCCGACCCCCAACGCCCGUAUGGCCACGUCCUGGACAGCUCACACAUCCUCGUCGAGGGCUCCUGCAUUGGACUUACAUCACUUACCCGAAAAUUACCCGACGAAGGAGCCUUUGGCUUGAUGUCCGCAGAUACCCAAAAGGCGGAUCUGGACAAGUUCGGCAGCGAAAUCGAACAUUAUAUCUGUAUGAUUAUACAAGGGGACGCAUGGAGGGUAGAAGAAGGCUGGAAUCCCCAUCGUGGAUUUUGUCAUCUUCUCAUUCUGAAACCUGUGGACGAAGCGGAGGUUCUCAGGAGGGUAGGGUUCCUGCGGAUUUCUGUUAGAUCAUCGACUGAUCCACAUACCGCGUUUGAUGCGUUGCCCUGGGAAAGACGCAAGUUGAAAUUGGUCUGA